UGGGCCAACGUGGGACUCUUGUGCGCUCCGUGUGGAGAAAGCAGGCGCACCGAAUGACCGUGCACGAACGGGAAACCACACAUUGCGGAAGAAAUCCUGUCCUGUCAAAAUAUCUAAACAUUGCACCUCAAAGAAAAGGAGACAUUGGGCUCCCAGGUAGCUGGAGAAGAUGCUGAAACAGCCGUCUGCGGGUGGGGACGAUGGCUCUGGCUUCACCCCCCUGGUGGUGGUGGAGCUGGCCCCGGACGCCAAGGAGGAGGCCGUCGUCUGGCUGACGAGGAAGAUCAGCGACAGCGAGCAGAGUGGAGGUGCCGGUCUGUCGGUGCAGCAGCUGUGGUCCGGCACGGCCGAGACGGAGAAGGACAACCCCAACGUGUUCCUGGUGGGCGGCUCGCGCCAGAGGCUGCUGUCCGGAGCCGAGGACCUGGGGCUCUUCAAGGAGUUCAACGACGGCUCCAUGCGCGCCUUCACCUGCGCCAACAGGGACAACUUCAAAGACUUCAAGGGGGACGGCGAUGGCUUUCUCAGUAUGGCCGAGUGUCAGUACAUCGUGAAGCACGAGCUGGACUCGCUCCGGGCCAAGAGCGAGACUCACAUACCCGGAUAUGAAAAGGCCAAACUCUAUCCGGGCAAAUCCAUCAUCCGCCGCAUGCAGUCCAAAGGCAUCCUGGUGCAGGUGUUCCCUCUACACGAGACAGAGGAGCUGAAGAGGCUGUCCUUCACCUGGUACAAGAAGGUCAAGCUGUCCUUGCAGCCGCUGGAUGAGAUCAGGCACUACUAUGGCGAGGGCCUGGCCCUGUACUUUGGCUUCUUGGAGUACUUCACCUUCGCCCUGGUGCCCAUGGCCCUGGUGGGCGUUCCGUACUACCUGUUCGACUGGGAGAGCUACGACAAAUACGUCCUGUUCGCAGGCUUCAACCUGGUGUGGUGCACGGUCAUCUUGGAGGCAUGGAAGCGUAGCAGUGCCACCAUGGCCUAUCGCUGGGGCACGCUGAGCAGGAAGAAGGCCUUCGAGGAGCCACGGCCGGGCUUCCGCGGCGUGCUGGGCCUCAACCCGGUGACGGGCCGCGAGGAGCCCCUGUACCCCAACACCAAGCGGCUGCUGCGGGUCUACCUGGUGUCGGUGCCCUUCGUGGUGCUCUGCCUCUACCUGUCGCUCUACGUCAUGAUGGUGUACUUCCUGACGGAGGGCUGGGCGUUGUCGCUGCACGACGCCGAGCCCACCUUCUGGACCACCGUGCUGACCUUCGUGCCGAGCGUCAUCUACGCCGUGGUCAUCGAGGUCAUGAACCUCAUCUACCGCUACGCCGCCGAGUUCCUGACUGGCUGGGAAAACCACAGGCUAGAAUCCUCUUAUCAAAACCACUUGGUCCUUAAAGUGUUGGUGUUCAACUUCUUCAACUGUUUUGCCUCGCUGUUCUACAUCGCCUUCGUAAUGCAAGACAUGGUGAUGCUCAGACAGAGUCUGGCCACGCUGCUCAUCACCAGCCAGAUCCUGAACCAGGUGAUGGAGGCCUUCCUGCCGUACUGGCUCCAGAGGCGGCGCAACAAGAAGAUGAUGCGCCGGGCCCGCAAGAGGGCCAGCCCACCGCCGGCCGAGAUGCCCCUGGCCGACCAGGUCCGGCUAGAGGCUGACAUGAGCACGUACCUGGGCACGUUCGACGACUACCUGGAGCUCUUCCUGCUGUUCGGCUACGUCAGCCUGUUCUCCUGCGUGUACCCGCUGGCCGCCGUGCUGGUGGUGCUCAACAACGUCACCGAGGUCUACUCGGACGCCUUCAAGAUGUGCCACGUCUUCAAGAGGCCCUUCUCCGAGCCCGCCGCCAACAUCGGCGUCUGGCAGCUCGCCUUCGAGGCCAUGAGUGUGAUCGCCGUGGUGACCAACUGUGCCCUGAUCGGCAUGUCCCCGCAAGUCAAGUCCUACUUCCCCGAGUCGGAGACCCAGCUCAUACUGUGGACCGCCGCCAUUGAGCACGGCCUGCUGGCACUGAAGCUCAUCCUGACCUUUGUCAUCCCAGAUGUGCCCAAACACAUCCAGACCAAACUGGCCCGGCUGGAGUUUGAAUCCCUGGAGGCACUCAAGAAGAAGAGUCUGACUCAAGGACGAAAAUGCUCGAGGCCCCAGUCCAGUAAGAGGGCCCAAUCAGGAGCCAGCCAAUACUGAUGAAGCAGGAAGAACCACGACAACAACCAAGGAGCUGGCGGUCUAUGUAUACUGUAAGAACAGAGAAAGAAGAAGUCAAACAAGGUUCCCUAUUAUUUUAAUAUAUAUCAGCUUUUUGCUCUUUCCGAGGUUAUUUUUGGGUGUGUGUGGUAUAUUUAAUGCUCAGUAUUUCAUUGUUGAAAUCAAUUUACAAGUGUUAUUCUGACGAGCAAUUGAAGAAAGGUAUUCAAAGGCCUUGCUGUAUAACAAAGAGAGCAAUAGUCAAGAUUAACUGUAAUUGAGAAUUUUUAAGGGCAAUACAAGAUUGACUUGAAGUGUUAAACUUCAGGCCAAUGGGAUAGGUUAAAAACUGAGAAUGGUUAUUGCUUUAUAGGUUUUACGGUUAUGCCCUGUUUAGGCCAAGAUAUAGCAAUUAUGUUUGUUUUGUAUCGAAUAGUGCAUUAUAGAAUGUAUGUUUGUUGAGUUUGAAUUUAAUGUUAUCAACAGUCAGUAUACACAACACUCCAACACACACACACGUCACACACAUUUUCAUGCACUAUCAAAUUGUUGUUAUACUUUGGUAUAUUUACUGUAGCUUAUACAGUAAAUUAUAUAGCUUAUAUAUUUUUUCUAUAGGACGGACUGUAUAAACUUUUGAAUGGGGACUUUAGCACGACUCUCCCAAUAGCACUGCAACAGUGUUAAGAAAGUGAAAAACCUAAUCGAACAAAAUGUACAACAAGUGUUUGGUAUGUGCAUGUUAUUCCACAUGCAGAAUGUUACCCAAAACAUAGAUAUAGGAGUGAUGGUACUGGCAGGGGACAAAAUACGUUUCUGUCACGGUUGCGUUAUGUUGCUAAUGCUUCUACGGUCCGGGAAAAAUACAAUGAUAGUCGAGGUGGAGAUCGCAGCUUAUACGGUGCCUUGAAAUGCGAUGCCUAUCCUCUUUUGUUACCCAUGCCACGCAGACAUUUGCUAUUGUACCAAAUAUAUUGAGACGGGUGUUGGGCUAUGGAAGAAUCACAUUAUUGUUCUGCACUGUGACAAUAAAAUGUAGACAACGAUGGAAACCUUGGUCUGAUCUUUUUUU